AAUGCAGGAGGACACUAGACCCCGACGUAUUCCGCGUUGGCAUGGCUAGGACUCCGUUAAUGUAUCAGUCUGGAUCUGAAAAAAAACUUUAUAGCAGAGAUGCGUCAGAUAGCUAACAAAUAUAAGUCCCAAAGGGAAAGGUGGGAAGGAAUUUUUCUAUCAAUGUUGUUCGGAAGAUUUCAGCUAUCAAACAGAAUGAGCAGACGACAAACUAACUAACGAUAUGGACAUCACGCCAGUAUAAAGAAAGAAGUAAGAUGUCAUCGGUAUGUCAUCGAAAGGCGACGCUAUAACUACGGGCCACGAGCAUUAUCUGAGACAUUUAUUGCUGCUUGGCCAAGCUGCACCUGUCGCUUUGAAAGCAUUAUGUAGGAGACAAGAAUUAAAAUCAGGGACAACUCUGGGUUCUCUUAUUCUUGAAAAGAAAGAAACUUUCAAGGAGUCGUACAGUGAACAUUUUGUUCAGUUGUUCCUUGAUGAUUCAGUUAAUACGAAUAUAGAGUCCUGGGACACACGUCUGUUAUGUGUAGUUUUAUCUGUAUUAUUUGAACAAAGUUUAUCAAGUCCCGAACACAAUGGAAUAGAUUGCAUUCGGGACCAAAGGAAUGAUUCAGAGAAUUUCGCGUCAUCCGCUUCUCUCAGCUACAACACUUUUAAAAGCAAGUGGGACCCACUACAUAAAGCAUUACUGGAGCUAAGUAAAUAUAUUGAUGAUCAUGCCAAACAUGAAUGUAAGGUGAUGAUUCUUUCAUUCUACUUGGAGCCAAUCACUGUGAACCGGGAAUUGAUUGAAAAGUUAAAAAAGGCCAGAGAUGUUGAUAUGCACGUUAAGCUUGCCAUAGAAGACAAAAUUGUUCCAAAAAUACAUGGCGAGAAAGAAUUGAACGGAGGAAAUGGAGAUACAACAUUAUCAGUGGAGAAGGGCGAAAAUAAAGAACGUGAAGAAGAGACAGACGAUGUCGAUAGUACAGAUUCUCCGCAGGAUGAGGAAGUUGCAGUUUACACCGAAAAACUUCAGGACACGUUCGUCUAUGAGGGUGACUCAGCUAUUCUCACAUGCAAACUCAAUGUUGCUGAAAAAAGUGUGACGUGGCGGAAGGAUUUCCACAUAGUUGAGGAAACAGACACGUUGAAGUUUCUUGAUUUCAGAUGUUCGCACUGGCUUGCUGUUUUGAACACAACACAGAAAGACACAGGGCAUUAUUCUUGUGUUUGUGGUUCUGUUUCAACUACAGCCGUGCUUAAAGUAACAGAGAAACCUUUGAAGAUUGUUUAUAAAUUACAAGUAGAGUUAGACGGAACAGACGGAAAGGAGUGCAGAGAGAAUAUGGAUAUCGUUCUUGUUUGUAAGGUCAACUUUCUUACCAAGAAACCGAUCUGGCGUCAUAACAACAAUCCAGUUAACAGUAACAGGAUCUCUGCCUCUACUACAGAACUGGAACACAAGUUGACAAUUCUGAAAGCAAGAUUCGAAGACGAGGGCGAAUACACAGUUGAUUUUGGUGACAUCACAUCGAGCACUUUCCUAGUCAUUAAAGGCAACAUCGAUUUAAUACACAAGAAACAGCUUACUGAAGAGCUUUACAAGAACUGGAUACGAGGUGCACUCGGCUUAAAGUUCUUGAAGCUUGGGUUAGAAAAUGUUUCCGAUAGGCUUGUUAAGAAUCAACAUAGUGAUUUCAUGAAUAUGCUGGUAAAUAAGUAUGGCAUAAUGUGUACAAUGUGUACACAAUGUUCUGUCGAGAGUCUUCUUCCCUCGCACAAUGAAGAGAAGAAGAAAAAGAAUUGUAGAAACAAGAAAUGUUUAUGUGCACACCAUUUGCAGAACCGCGUGUUUUGCCCCAGCGGAGGGUUUUGUAGCCAGUUUUAUGAUCUUGUGGUUCAGGGCCACCGGUUUGUCGAUCCACUGCUGGCAAAUACGGACAUUCAGAAUUGGAGCAGUGAACCUUGGAGCGUAGCAACCUGCUAUAUUAGUACUACAGGCUACAAGGGCAAGACAUCAGCGAAGGAAAUAGAUUGUACUGGAUUAUUAUCUUUGUUCAUAAAUGAUCUUUUCUUCCAUAGAAGUCUCGGAGAUGUGUAUAUAGACGGAGAAAAAGAUCUUUUUAAACAGGCGAGGGAUGCACGUAAUGACAUACUCCACAACCCCAAUUAUGAGAUUUCCGAGGGUCAACUUGAUGAAUACAUAGACUUAUUCAAGAACAUUUUGGGGAUUAAAGACACGAAAGGCAUAGCGCCACUGCUUAAUGAGUCUGGUGUCAAAACAGCCAUUCACGGUCUAAACGAGUUGAAGAAUAAAAAGAUAGAUAUACACAUUUACGAAGAUCUUCAGCAACACAUUAAGAACCUGCGAGAACAUGCUAUGAAUAAAGUGGCAGAAGAGUUUGAACAAGCCGAGAAGGAGAAAGACAUUAAAAUACAACACCUGGAAAAAAAACUUCAACAGACUGAAAAGCAACUACGCUUAAUGAAUGACAUGCAGUCAGUCCUUGAAACAAGAAAGCAGUCGGAAGAGCAAGAAGAUGUUCCUUUCGAGCUUGAAUUACACAUACGAGUACUUCGCACAAUGAGAGAAUCAUCAGUUCAAGGAAACAGUCUUGUAUAUCGCCUGUUGACAGCGGAUGUAAACAGCGUUAGCAACAGGAAGAUUGUACCUCCUGAUUUUUCAACUCCGCACACGUACCAGAAAACUAUCGAGUCGGUAAAGAGACUUCUUGGUCACAUAUAUGCCAUCGAGCAGACUCAGGUUGGCAGUGUUUUGCAAAGCCAGACAUCUGUUGAGCUUAAAAUACAGUGUUUUACAUGUAAAGCAGUCAGUCAACUUCUUGCAUACUUCAACGGAACGACAUUUCAGGAAGAACGGAUUGAGUUGAGAAAAAGUCUAGGGAUAGAAGUGAACGGGGAAAAUACUUAAUAUGUCUUGGCAAGUUGCUCAUCCCAAAGCAUAGAUAACACAAGGAGGCAACUUCGUGAAAGAGGUGUACUCAAUGAGAUUACCAGUAGCUUUACUUGUAGAAAGCAUCAAAACCGGAAGAUAGUAUGGUAUUGCUCUGAUCACGAACACCUAUGUUGCAUUAUUUGUAGGGAAACAGAUCAUAGAUCAUGUGUUUGGCCUAACCAAGCCAUAUCAGCUAAAAGAGACGAGAAGGAGAUACAAAAGGUCCUAUCCGUUAAAUCUAAGAAGGUGUAUCCUGUGGAAUUUAAGCCAGAAAAUCAUAACUGCUAUAUACUCAAAUUUUGUUUACUACCCAAUGGUAAAAUUCUACUUGCCGAUCGCAACAAUCGCAGACUAAAGAAACUUGACAAAUCCUACAAGUUAAUCAGUCUAUGUGAUCUUCCCGCGGCAACCUUAGACGUGUGUUAUGUGGGUAAUCAGACAGCUGCUGCGUGUCUUGGAGAUGCUGGUAUACAGUUAGUUGAUAUAUCAGGUGAAAUGAAGUUGAAGGAAUUAGUGAAACUGGACCAUCCCUGUUUAGGUAUUGAUUUCCAUAGGAAUAACCUCUAUGUCACAAGCAGGGACACGGUGUUCAGUUAUACGAAGGACGUUUCUCAGCAGCGUGUUCUUUACCAUAAACAAGAAGUAUUACCAGAUGAAGCGCUAGGUCAUAUUACUGCUAGUAAGGACGGGAAAUUGCUCUAUUUGUCUGAUGUUAAUGGUGGUCUUGUUACCAUAGACAGUAAUGGCAGUCAUCUGAAUACUUUGAAAAAUGAUGUGCUACAGGGUGCCUCUAGUGUAUGUUUAGCCAGUGAGGAUACGAUACUUGUCACUGAUGAAAACACAAAUAGUGUGCAUCAGGUUGACUAUAAAGGUGAAAAGGUCUUGGGGACAGUUUUGACAAGGGAGCCGGACGAACAAAAACCAUGGUCGGUCUAUUAUGAAAGACAUCUGGCUAGAAUGCUUGUCGGACAUUUAAAUCAGAACUAUAUUACAGUUUAUGAAGUACAAUAGACAAUUUGCAUGGCAGUUUUGCACUGUAAUACAAGCAGCUCCCGUUGAGGCUUUGACACACUACACUGCGUGAAAUUUUGGAUUUAAUACAAAAUUAAAUAUAAAUAUAAUUUAAGUAACAUGUAAAUUUUGAAUGCAAUUGCAUUAAAACGAAUUUACUGUAAAUUAAAUUUCAAAUUUUACUUUG